CAUACAUCUCUCUCUCUCUCUCCAAUGGACAACCUCGAUGCAAUUUUUCACUAUUCAUCCUCUUCAACUUCACCGCCGGCUGCCGUUUCUUCACACUUAUCACUAAACAUGUCCAAUCGUUAUUCACUUGCCGAUCACAGUAAUACAAACCAUUACAGCAGUUACGAUCAAUCGGAUGAUGAUCACGACCUCCGAUUAAUCGGAGAAAAUGAAAAUGGCGUCUCAGACAAUAUCUUCGUCGCCGAUCACGUUUCUCCGACUACUAAUAGCUUCAGUAAUUGUGAUGGCAGCGAAUUGAAUACAGCGAACAAGUUGAACGUCAAAAAAGGCGAGAAGAAGAUUAGAAAACCUAAGUACGCAUUUCAAACGAGAAGCCAGGUCGAUAUCCUUGACGAUGGUUAUAGAUGGAGGAAGUAUGGUCAAAAGGCUGUGAAGAACAACAAAUUCCCCAGGAGCUACUACCGUUGUACGCAACCAGGAUGCAACGUAAAAAAGCAAGUUCAAAGGUUAUCAAAAGACGAAGGAGUUGUGGUGACGACUUAUGAAGGAAUGCAUUCACAUCCAAUCGAGAAAUCUACCGAUAAUUUUGAGCAUAUUUUGACUCAAAUGCAAAUCUACUCUUCUUGCUAGCUAGCAACGGUAUAGAUUACAAGAAAAUUUAGAGAAAUGCGCACGCUGGACGGUUUGCUAGCUAGCCCUAAACCAAUAUAUAUGAUGCUUUACUUAUAUUUAUCUCAAGUAUUAUACUUGUAUGGAUUCUGUUUUUGUUUAUGAUCCUUACAUCAAAUAAAGGAGCAUGUAAAUGAAAUUAAUUAAAGC